AUGGAGGCCUCCGCGAGCCCGCAGCCACGGAGCAUCAGCGAGCUGUUGCUGAGACCUCCGCUGUAUUGGCUUUUUCAUUCCUGGAGGCUCUUUGGAUACGGUGUGCUCGUCCCGCCUCUGCUUUACUUUGAGCCUCUGAAAACUCUGGCUGCCAUCGUUGCCUAUUCUGCCAUCCACCGACAGCGAUGGUGGCAACGGAGUAUUCAUAGGGCUCUGGGCUUUGGAGCCUCGCGUCGUCAUAAAUUCGUGAACGAGCACACCGAUGUGAUCAAAGAGGACAAGCGAUACCUCUGGUCGCUUCAUCCUCACGGUCUUCUGGCAGAUGGCUGGCAUUCCCUCAUUGCCCGCAACCUCGAGUCAUUUGAAGACUCGGGGAAGGGUCCGCCGGCUGUGGGGCGCAAGAUCGCCUUGUGCUUUGCACCCAUUAUCCAGCAUGUGCCGGUGCAUCAGGAGAUGUACCGGGACUUGUGCACCUCAGCGAGUCGUAAAGACAUCGUGAAGUGGUGGAAGACAAAAGACACGGACCCAGCACUCAUUCCCGGCGGGUUUUCCGAGGCUGUGUUCGCCAACUCCGCCGAGCGCAGGUACGAGUAUUCCUACCUCAAGAACCGUAAAGGCUUCGUACGGAUCGCUGUGGAGGAGGGCAAGGAUAUCGUCCCCUGCUACACUUUCCGCCAGAACUGGAUGUACCGCACCCCACGGACCCUUCGCGCUGCGCGGGCGCGUUUGUCUCAGCACAUCUUCGUGGGCAUCAUCCCCUUCUUCGGGUGGAUGGGAACGUCUAUGCCCCUGACGGACGAGACAACGUCUGUGGUGUUCCCGCCGUUUCCAGCCUCCGAGUACAAGGCAGACCAGGUGGAUGCCGCACACGCUGCAUACUUGGAACAUUUGAAGAAGUACUUUGACAUGUACAAGGGCCGCUUCGGCAUGAAGGACACGGAGCUCGUUUUCAUCGGCAAUGAUUUCAAGGAUGACGACUGGGCAGCGAGGGCUUUGCACCGGUUGGGCUUGUUAUCAAGCCAUGUGGUCGCAACGCAGCCGCUACCACCACCCCGGUCGCGACUCUGA